AUGAGUAGACAUCGUUUACGUGAUAGUUCCAUUGAAAGAGUGCUAGAAGAAGUUUUGAACGAAUCAGAUUUAGAGGAAAGUGAAGUGGAUGAUGAUGUGGAAGAAAUUAGAACUGAUUCAUCGUCUGAGAAUGAAGAUGAGGUUGAAGCCAAUCCACCAGAUGAUAAUGAUACGGAAUGUGAUAAAUUCAUUGCAAAAAGUGGACGAGAGUAUAUUACGAAGCCAUCUCGACAAUAUCGGCGUUCUGUACAAAAUAUAGUGCGAGAAAGAAUGGGGCUAGGACAACAAGGAAGAAUUGCGUCUCCGAAAGAGGCUAUAGAGCUCUUUUUUACACCUCAAAUUAUGAAUCUAAUAAAACUACACUCAAAUGAAGAGGCUUCUGGACUAGGUAUUCAGCACACAGAUGAAGAUGAGUUAUUUUGUUAUAUAGGACUCUUGCUAAUCAUGGGUUCAAAUCAUGACAAUAAGAUACCUGUCCAAGAUUUAUGGUCUUUGCUUCAGGGCCGACAAGUGUACUAUGGAUCAAUGAGUCGGACCCUAUUUUUCGAAUUGACUAAAAUAUUGAGGUUUGAUGAUAAGAACACAAGAGAAAUUCGUCGCCAAACUGACAAGUUUGCUCCAAUGAGGGAAAUUUUUGAAAGCUUCAAUUCUUCACUUCCAUUGUAUUUCAUUCCUGGUCUACAUACAACAGUGGAUGAGAUGUUGUCUUUGUUCCAUGGUCGCUGUCCAUUCAAGGUGUUUCUAAAAGAAAAACCUGGAAAAUACGGCAUUCUAAUUCGAAUGCUGUCUGAUUCUGAGACUAGAUAUGUGAUCAGCAUGGACAUCUAUACAGGCAAGUCAGGAAAUACACAGCAUUCAAAUGGACCGAUGGAAAUUGUAAAGAGACUAAUAAAACCUAUUGAAAAAUCAGGCCGUAAUGUUACCACAGAUCGGUACUAUACUUCAGUGGAGCUUGCUGAGACUCUAUGGAAUGAUUUUCACCUCACACUUGUUGGCACCCUACAGUCUAACAGACGACACAUACCUGAAGAGCUGAAGACUACAACUGGCCGCAGUUUACACUCUUCCAUCUUUGCUUAUACUGACCCUCAGACACAGAGGCCACCAGUUACUCUUGCAUCAACGCUAGUCCGCGAGAAGCCAAAACGACUGCUGUUGAUGCUUUCAACUUAUCACUCAGAAGGGGUGUUGAAUGAAGACUCAAAAAAGACUAACAUAAAUCUUUUUUGUAAUUCUACAAAGGGAGGCGUGGACACCAUAGACCAGAUGGCAAGACACUACAGCACAAAGAGAGGAACAAGAAGAUGGCCUUUGUCCCUCUUCUACACACUCAUUGACAUAGCAGCAAUAAAUGCAUAUUCACUCUUCCUCCUCAACUUUCCGAAUUGGAAAAAGAAUUUGCUAAACCGCAGAAGAGUUUUUAUCACUAACUUAGGCCUCGAACUAAUAAGAUCUCAAGUAGAUAAACGGGCACAAAAUUUGUAUGGACUUCAGAAGCCAGUAAUAAUGGCAAUGGAAAGCAUCACACAACGGAAGCUCAGCUGCUCUGUAGAACCAUCAUCCUCAACAGCAGAACCAGGAACACGUGGACGGUGCCACCUAUGCUGCCAAGAAGCUGCAUCUAAAAAGAUCAAGUACAACAAGCUGGGAAAGUCAACUGUUACCUGCUCUCAGUGCCACAAACACGUCUGUGGGAAACACUGCAGGAAGACAGUGUUGUGUGAAAAAUGCGUUGCAGAAUGA